AUGCGGGACGACGCGGUGAAGCACCUCUUUGAGGCCCUGCUGACGAACACCCACCUGCAAGAGCUGGACUGUUCAGGCAAUAACAUUCGAGAUGAUGCCAUGGAGUUCGUGGCAGAGGUCAUUUUGCAGAACAAGUUCAUCACCAAGCUCAGUUUCGAGGACAACUACUUCACCGAUGAGGCUGCAGAGGUCUUCUUGAAACUUCUGCAAAAGGCAGAGCACCUCUCGAUGACUGAGUUUGGCAUCCAUAACAACUACAUCUCCGAGAUCAAGCUUCAGCAGAUUGAUCUGUUCAUGCGCACUCAUGCGCGUGAGCUGCAAAAGAAGAAGCGCGAAAACAAGAGACAAAGGAGCCAGUCGAUUCAGCAAGGGGAGGCUACAAGGGAAGAGUCCAAGAUGUCUGCAGGGCGUCAAUCAAGCGGCAGCUUGUCCCGGAGCACAUCCAGGCUAUCUGCUCGGGGAUCAAGAGAAGCCUCGAAGGUGUGA